AUGUCGUCAAUUAACCAAGUAGCAAACUCAAUAACAAUUUAUCUUGGUCUCCCCAUAUUUAUAUUUGGUACUUCCGGAAAUUUACUUAAUAUUCGUCUUCUUUGGCGAACUCGUCGUAAUCCAUGUGCAUUUAUAUUUUUAGUUAUAUCAUUUAUUAAUUGUAUUGUUUUAUUUUAUGGUUUAUUCACAAAAAUAUUAAGUGUUAAUUUUCAUGUUGAUUGGUUCACUACAAAUCUUAUUUGGUGUAAAACUCGUGCUUUGUUUGGUCAAGCUAGUUUUUUAAUUUCGUUAACAUGUACUUGCUUAGCAAGUAUUGAUCGAUUUCUUGUUAGUUGUCGACAAGAAAAAUACAGAAAAUUAAGUCGAUUAUCAAUAGCUACAUGGGCAAUUAUUCUAAUAAUUAUAUUUUGGUUGGCUCUUUUUCUUCCUUUUGCUGUACAUACUGAAUUAGUACAAAAUCUCUUGACGGGUUUAUUAUCUUGUACAUAUGUUGGAAAUCAAGCUUUUGUUAAUUAUCAAAUAUAUUUUGCAUUUCCUAUUUAUUAUGGUUUAUUACCAAGUACAAUUCUGAUAAUAACAGGGCUAUUGACAUAUAGAAACACAAAUAAAUUACAAAUAAGACGCCAAAGACAAGUAGUUCAAAAACAAUUAACAUCAAUGAUGCUUCUACA